AUGGAGAAGGUCGACACCACUGACCGCAUCAUGCGGCUGCGGCACCUCAUGCAAGAAGCCAAGGUAGAUAUAUACAUUGUUCCCAGCGAAGACGCCCAUUCUUCCGAAUACAUAGCCGCCGCCGAUGCCAGGCGCCAAUUCGUCUCCGGCUUCUCCGGCUCCGCAGGCACAGCAGUCAUAUCACAAGACAAAGCAGCCUUAGCAACAGAUGGCCGAUACUUCAACCAAGCGAGCCGACAACUCGACGACAACUGGACAUUACUGAAGCAGGGUCUUCAAGAUGUGCCAACAUGGCAGGAGUGGACCAUCGAGCAAGCAGAAGGAGGAAAGACCGUGGCUGUCGACCCAACUGUCGUGACAUCGGCCGAGGCCAAGAAGCUUGGUGAUAAGAUCAGGAAGAAAGGCGGCGGGGAGCUCGUGGCAAUCGCAGAGAACCUCGUCGACAAAGUCUGGGCCAAGGACAAACCACCAAUGCCUAACGAGCCUGUUAGGCUACUCGGCUUGGAAUAUGCUGGCAAGAAGUGGGAGGAGAAGAUUGAGGAAUUGCGCAAAGAACUUGACAAGAAGAAAGCCGCGGGCUUCGUGGUCAGCAUGCUCGACGAGAUCGCCUGGCUGUUCAACCUGCGCGGCAACGAUAUUCCAUACAACCCAGUCUUCUUCUCAUACGCCAUAAUCACGCCAACCACAGCCAGCCUUUAUGUCGACGAAAUGAAGCUGUCUGAAGAUCUUAAGGAGCAUCUUAAGGGAGUCACCAUCAGACCCUACGACGCCAUCUUCUCUGACCUGGAAACACUUGCAUCAGAACAGCCAGCGACAAAUGCUAGCCAACCAAAGCGCAAAUAUCUAAUCUCAACCAAAGCCUCUUGGGCACUCUCGCGUGCUCUCGGUGGCGAGGAGAAUGUUGAUGAGGCACGAUCGCCGGUCGGAGAUGCCAAGGCUGUGAAGAACCCUGUUGAGCUCGAAGGCAUGCGAAACUGCCAUAUUCGAGAUGGUGCUGCUCUGAUUGAGUAUUUCGCUUGGCUCGAAAACCAGCUUGUCAACGAGAAGGCGACGCUGGAUGAAGUGCAAGCGGCAGAUAAGCUGGAGCAGAUCCGUUCAAUGCACGACAAGUUCGUCGGCCUAUCUUUCGACACAAUCUCUUCCACCGGUCCGAAUGCCGCUGUCAUUCAUUACAAGCCAGAACCAGGCAAUUGUUCAGUCAUUGACCCUACGCAAGUAUACCUCUGCGAUUCUGGCGCUCAAUACCUCGACGGCACAACCGAUACCACCCGGACUUUACAUUUUGGAACGCCCAGUGCCAAGGAAAUCGAGGCUUACACACUUGUUCUCAAAGGAAACAUUGGUCUCGAACUUGCUGUUUUCCCCAAAGGCACAUCAGGCUUCGCUCUCGACACCCUCGCACGACAGUACCUAUGGCAGAAUGGCCUCGAAUACCGCCACGGCACUGGCCACGGCGUCGGCUCUUUCCUGAACGUUCACGAGGGGCCGAUCGGUAUCGGUACUAGGGUUCAAUACAGCGAGGUACCUCUCAGCGUCGGCAACGUUAUAUCAGACGAACCAGGAUACUACGAGGACGGGAGCUUCGGCGUUCGAGUCGAGAACGUGAUCAUGGUCAAAGAAGUCAAGACAAGGUACAAUUUCGGCGACAAACCGUACUUUGGUUUCGAACAUGUCACCAUGGUCCCAAUGUGCAGGAAACUUAUCGACGUCAGCUUACUUACUAACGCGGAGAAGAGGUGGCUUAAUGACUACCACAAGGAGGUUUACGAGAAGACGUGCCGGUUCUUUAAGGAGGAUCAACUCACACUCGACUGGCUGAAGAGAGAAUGUCAGCCGUACUAG